AUGAGUAUCGCUAUUGUACAGGACAAAAACGAAGGUGUAAUGGAUCUGCAAACUCAACAGAAGAUUUUGCAAUUUGAGACAUUUGUGAAUGAUGUAUUAAAAGCCGAUCUUGCAAAACUGGCUGAAAAACUCGAUGCUAAAAAUGCUGACGUUGCCGAAUUUCUACAAUUGAAAUCAGUGAUAACUACGUUUCAGAAUACAAAUGUCGAAAAAACAGGCUUCAAGACCAAAGUUGAUAUAGGAAAUAAUUUUUUUAUUCAAGCUCAUGUGCCAGACGCUUCAAAGAUUUUAUUAGACGUUGGUUUAGGACAUUACGUCGAAUUUAAUUUGGAAGAAGCUUUAAUUGUUAUAAAUAUAAGGAUUAAACUGCUUGAGGAACAGAUUGCUCAUUUACGAAAAGCAGUUGCAAGAACUAAUGCUCACAUUAAGUUAACCCUUAUUGUCAUUAGAGAUUUGCAAGGAAUUAAAGAAAAUGAUUAA